UUAUCCUUCGCUGGAAGAAAGAAAAAAUGCUCAGCUGGUCGCCGUUGCAUGUAGUCAUUAUAUAAAUGCAAUAAGCGUCAGAUAGACUGAUCGUGGGACUGAAGCGACGAUGAGCCCUUACGCAUUACGCUCCCUUUUCGUAUUCGCCUCUCUGACUCUAAGCGUGGCAGCAGAAUACUCCAAGAGCGAAAUCGACUACGAUUUUGGCGACUACCGGGGAAAGUGGUGCCUGGAUGACCACGGCUUUGUCUACAGUAUAGGAGAAGUCUAUUUCCCCGGUCACACUGCCUGCCCCUGCACUUGCACCGAAGAUGGUCCCAUCUGCAUAAAACCUAGUUGUCCGCGGAUUCAUCCCAAAUGCACGCGUAUUAUCUACAAGUCGUGCUGUCCGGUAUGUGAAGCUAUUAGCCGAGUCUGUAUCCAUAAGGGAAAAACCUACAGAGUCCUUGAGGAAUUCAUGUUGUCCCCAUGUGAGAGGUGCCGAUGCGGAGCUAAUAGGGAGGUGUAUUGCACUGUGGCCGAGUGUCCUGGUCUGCAUUGUGUCAACCCCAUAUACGAGCCCCACCAGUGCUGUCCUGUGUGCAAAAACGGACCAAACUGCUUCGUUGGAAACAUAGUGAUCCCAGCCGGGGUGAGGGUGGAGAUAGACGAACGGAAUGUAUGUUUCUGCUCGUACAAGGAAGGCACGUGGGAGACACAUCACCAGGCUACCUGUGAGGUUCAGGAGACCAAAAAUGAACGAGAUGAAACCUUCGAGCAGAUGGAUCGGCAGCUCAUACCCAAGCUGGAGACCAUCCCAUGAGGCAGACAAGGGCUGGCAGAAUGUAGAUUCCUCAAGUGCACCUACAUCCCUGCCACAUCAGUAUGAGUGGAAUAAAACAAGCUACUUUAGUUUUCUAUUUCUACACCCCCUUAUAUGGUUUAGAAAAAUACUAACCCCCCUGUGCAUAACUGCAGUUUUUGCUGCCCCGGACACACAUGUUCCAGUUUCCCCACCUCUUCCAACUCCUUAUAUCUAUGAUUAGAACAGAUAGGAACACAGCAGGGUCUGGCUGAGUUACUGUAAGUCCUUCUGUUCUGUCCAGAAGCUUAGUAAAACAUGACGGUUUUGCUCUUGGAAAAUAUCUCAGCCUCCUCAUUUAUAUGGAUAAAUAUACAGAGAAAAUAUUAGCUUCAACCUUUUUUUUUUUACUGAUGACAUAAUAUCCAUAAAGUAUAUUUUAGUUUCAGUCUGCCGUAUUGUGUAUUUUUCACUCUUUUCUGGUUCAAAUCCGAUUUCCUUGUUGUUGUAUUCUUACCUCCACCGUAUUCUUAUCCACAAAAUUCCUAACAAUAUCCGGAAAUAUCAUUAAUUAAAAAGGAAGCACGAAAUGAUAUUUUUAAAGAAAAAAAUCUGACAUUGUAAUGUUAUAAAUGCCUUUGCUGCCUAUGCAAUACUACUGGCUGUGAAAUAUCUUGCAACAGUGAGAUGUUAAAUAUGUAUAUUUUCUAUGGCAUACAUGUAUAUGUCACCAUGUUGCUGCCCUGGACAAGCAUUAUGAAAUUUGGACUGAUAAAUACAUUUGUAGGUGUUUGUCUGUGCAAUGAAUGUAUAUGCUAAUGUUUAAAUUACUUGCAUGUGCAUCAUUCAUUUUUGUGAGAUAGAUGACACAACAUGCAAUGUGUUUCUAAAUGGUUUGUUGAGUGCAAGAUUAACCUGACCUGAAUCUAGUCUUUCCAGUUUGGAUUGCGGUCUACCAACUUAUUAAUUAUUUUAAAUGUUAAUGGUUUAAAGUUUAAAUUUAUUACAUCUGUAUUUGGAAUGUUACUAUACUACAUUUAUAGUAGAGGUCAUACAAUGAUGUAAAACAAUUAUUGCUAGUUGAAAAAAAUGCUGUUUCAUUUGCAAAUAUGUUAGCAGGGUAACUUUGAAUCUAAUACACCAUUAUACUUAUGAGGCUUGCUUUGUUUUCAUCAUUAACAUUGUUUUCCAAACAAUACAAUAUCUCAUCAUUUAAAUUACAGAAUCAAUGCAAAAUACAUAGUUUGUCACUGGUGUUUACAUAAUGAGGCAUGUAUUUUGUCAGUUUGUUCAUUUUCAGUUUAUAGUUCAAGUAUGAUACUCUUAAUAAAGACAAUAGUUCAUCAAAAAUAA